AUGCGAGCAAUCACCCUCUCGCUCCUCGUCCUUCUCUUCCUGAUCGCCACCACAUGUGCGUCAGACAUCACGUCGUUCACUGACGCCAAGUGCACACGAUCAUGGCGCGCACUCGACACCGUCAACGGCUACCCGGAUGGACUCUGCAAACCGCUGAACGUGACGAAGGGGCAGAGCUUUCAGAUCCAGGAGCUGGAUCAAGGUUGCGCAGUGACAUUGUACGGCGCCAACGCAGGUCCAUUGCCGUGCUCGAGCGAAAUGAAGAUCGUCGGCCAUCUCGCGACUUGCUAUGACUCGUCAUGGGUAUAUUACUCGAUCGAUGGAUGUCUGCCGCCAACUUCUUCCAGCACAAGAGUGACAUCCAUGAAGCCAACAGCGACCGGGCCAUCUGCGACCAAAAGUGCGAGUGCAACACCGGAGCCAAAGGUGCAUACUGGAGUUAUCGUUGGAUCCACCGUCGCAGGAGUUUCGUGCGUUAUUCUGGGCCUAGCGGGCAUGCUGCUUGUCCUUCGUCGUCGCCGCAAGUUGAAGUCGUCGAAGCCGUCGAAGCCAAGGCAUGAGCUUUCUGAAGAUCGCGCACUUGCAGAGUCAGAUGCAGCGGCCGAGAAGAGACACCCCAAGGAGCUAUGGGGCGAUCAUGCAGCGGUUGAGAUUGGGCGAAAUAGUCGGUUCGAAGGAAUGAUGCGGGAUGCGAGGCCUGUAAGAGGAGUGAACCCGCUGAUACAGGUUCAUUACGUGCCGUAA